GCGGGCACCUUAGUCUGCGGAGCGCGGUGGUGGCGCCGGGUUCCACGGGGAGCUGAGGCGCCCGCCGCGGCUCAGGCGGCCAGGCGAGGAGGACCAGGUACCGGCAGCAGGCCGCCGUCGCAGACCCAGUCAACAUGAAGCCCCCCGCAGCCUGUGCCGGGGAUGUCCUGGACUCUACAUCGCCAUGCUCUGUCACCAACUACCUCAGGUGGGACCUGAGCGCCCAGCAGAUUCAGGCGCUCACCAAGGAACUCAUCGAGCAGACUAAGCGCGUGUAUGACCAAGUUGGUGCCCAGGAGUUUGAGGAGGUGACCUAUGAGAGCACGCUCAAGGCAUUGGCCGACGUGGAGGUGUCCUACACAGUGCAGAGGAACACCCUGGACUUCCCGCAGCACGUGUCCCCAUCCAAGGACAUCCGGACGGCCAGCACAGAGGCGGACAAGCAGCUGUCGGAGUUCGACGUGGAGAUGAGCAUGAGACAGGACGUGUACCAGAGGAUCGUCUGGCUGCAGGAGAAAGUGCAAAAGGAUACAUUGAGGCCCGAAGCCAUGCGGUACCUAGAGCGGCUCAUCAAGCUGGGCCGGAGGAACGGCCUCCACCUCCCCAAGGAAACACAGGAGAAAAUCAAGAACAUUAAGAAGAAGCUGAGCCUCCUGUGCAUCGACUUCAACAAGAACCUGAACGAGGACACCACCUUCCUGCCCUUCACGCGCGAGGAGCUGGGGGGGCUCCCCGACGACUUCCUGAACUCGCUGGAGAAGACGGAGGAUGGCAAGCUGAAAGUCACCCUCAAGUACCCGCACUACUUCCCCCUCCUGAAGAAGUGCCACGUGCCUGAGACCCGGAGGAAGAUGGAGGCGGCCUUCAACUGCCGCUGCAAGGAGGAGAACUGUGCCAUCCUGAAGGAGCUGGUGGCCCUGCGUGCCCAGAAGUCCAGCCUGCUGGGGUUCAGCACACAUGCUGACUACGUCCUGGAAAUGAACAUGGCCAGGAACAGCCAGUCAGUGGCCACCUUCCUAGAUGAGCUGGCCCGGAAACUGAAGCCCCUUGGGGAACAGGAGCGGGCAGUGAUCCUGGAGCUGAAGCAGGCUGAGUGUAAGAAGCGGGACCUGCCCUUCGACGGCUGCAUCAACGCGUGGGACAUGCGCUACUACAUGAACCAGGUGGAGGAGACGCGCUACCGCGUGGACCAGAACCUGCUCAAGGAGUACUUCCCCAUGCAGGUGGUCACCCAGGGGCUGCUGGCCAUCUACCAGGAGCUCCUGGGGCUCUCCUUCGCCCUGGAGGAGGGUGCCAGCGUGUGGCACGAGGACGUGCGGCUCUACUCCGUGCGGGACACGGCCUCAGGGGCGGUGAUCGGCAAGUUCUACCUGGACCUGUACCCCAGGGAAGGGAAGUACGGCCAUGCAGCCUGCUUCGGCCUGCAACCCGGCUGCCUGCGUCAAGAUGGCAGCCGCCAGAUCGCCAUCGCAGCCAUGGUGGCUAACUUCACCAAGCCCACGCCAGACGCCCCGUCCCUGCUACAGCACGACGAGGUGGAGACCUACUUCCAUGAGUUUGGUCACGUGAUGCACCAGCUGUGCUCGCAGGCGGAGUUUGCCAUGUUCAGUGGGACCCACGUGGAGCGGGAUUUUGUGGAGGCGCCAUCACAGAUGCUGGAGAACUGGGUGUGGGAGAAGGAGCCGCUGCUGCGCAUGUCCCAGCACUACCGCACUGGCGGCACCAUGCCCCAGGAGCUGCUGGACAAGCUCAUCAAGUCCCGGCAGGCCAACACCGGCCUCUUCAACCUGCGCCAGAUCGUCCUGGCCAAGGUGGACCAGGCCCUGCACACGCGGUCCGGAGUGGACCCGGCCGAGGAAUAUGCCCACCUCUGCCAGGAGAUCCUCGGGGUCCCAGCCACGCCAGGUACCAACAUGCCCGCCACAUUCGGCCACCUGGCGGGGGGCUACGACGCACAGUACUACGGCUACCUGUGGAGCGAGGUGUUCUCCAUGGACAUGUUCCACACGCGCUUCAAGCAGGAAGGCGUGCUCAACCCCAAGGUCGGCAUGGACUACCGGACCACCGUCCUGAAGCCCGGCGGCUCCGAGGAUGCCAGCGCCAUGCUGAAGCUCUUCCUGGGCCGAGAACCCAAGCAGGAUGCCUUCCUCCUGAGCAAGGGGCUGCAGGUGGAGGGCAGCGAGGAGGCCGCCUGCUGACAGCCCCGCCCCUGCCACACCUGCCGCCCGGUGCCUUAGCCCCAACUGGGACGGGGUCCCAGCUGCGAUCCUGGGGCCUGAUGGGCGGGGCAAGCCCCCAGCAACUCGUCAUCAUUGUCCAGGCGGCAGAUCCCCUGUGGGCAGGGGCCAGCCGGGUUGGCUGGGGGAGCCGCCCCAUAGGUGGGGUGUGGGCGAGCACCCCCGCCCAGCUGUCAGUUCCUACUGCGUGGUCCUGUGGGUCAGCCAUUAAACAC